AUGACUACUAGAGUGAGAACUAGGCUACAGUCCAUGAAAGCUCCAAUGAAGCAUGAAAAAGAGAAGUUUGAAAUGCAAGGGAGCAAACCAAAUGUUGCAAGAAAAGCAGCCAAAAAUAGGCAAGCCUCAAGUAGAGAGAGGAAAAUAGCAUUGCAACAAGAUGUUGAUAAACUAAAGAAGCAACUCACGCAUGAAGAAAAUAUUCACAGAGCUUUGGAGAGGGCUUUCAGCAGACCGUUGGGAGCUCUACCUCGCCUUCCUCCGUAUCUCCCUCGUACUACGAUGGAGCUUCUUGCAGAAGUAGCUGUUUUGGAAGAGGAGGUGGCUCGGCUUGAAGAACAAGUUGUCCAUUUUAGGCAGGACUUGUACCAAGAGGCCGUUUAUAUGUCAAGCUCCAAGCGGAACAUGGAAAGCUUUUCCGAUUUAUAUCAAUUGUACCCAAAUAAGAAUCCCAAGCCAGAUCAGUCGAAGUCCUUAGCUCAGAAUUUGGAUGAAUCAGCCACGUCCAUGAUAAGGCAUUUGCCAUCCCUUUCUGCAGAUGGAACGGAUAAAGAGAAUGCAUUCUCUAAUUCACAUUCUAUGAAGAACAAUAAAGGAUCCAGAAUCCAUAAAGCUCAGACAAGCAGAAAUAUGGUGAAAAUACUUGCUGAGGACAAUAGACCAGCAGAGAAGAAAUUAGAUUCUCAUAAGUUACAGCUAGAACGCAGGGUGACAGACCAAGAAAAUGCGGAAGCAACAAGUCUUGUUACUCCAGGUGAAAGGCAAUCUGGAGAUGACAGCCCAAACAAGGUGUCUGAGGACAUCGUGAGAUGCUUGUCAAGUAUUUUCUUACGAAUGAGCUCAGUGAAGAAUAGGCGUACUCCAGAUAAUUUACCUUUCUUGUCAACAUUAGUCUCUCAAGAAAACGGGGAAGAAACAGAAUGUCGGGAUCCUUAUGGUAUAUGUUCAGAAUUUGGGACGAGAGAUAUUGGUCCAUAUAAGCGUUUGUUUUCAAUAGAAGCUGGGACGAUUAAUCCCAACCGAACAUCAAAUUCUUUGUUUCUACUCCAUAGACUUAAACUUCUAUUUGGGAAACUUGCUACCGUCAACUUGCAGAACUUCACCCAUCAGGAGAAACUUGCAUUCUGGAUAAAUAAUUACAAUGCCUGCAUGAUGAACGCAUUUCUAGAACAUGGCAUCCCUGAAAGUCCCGAGAUGGUUGUUGAGCUGAUGAGAAAGGCAACAAUAAAUAUCGGGGGAAACCUGUUAAAUGCAAUGACGAUUGAACAUUUCAUCCUUAGACUGCCUUAUUACUCAAAAUAUACAAUUUCGAAGGGUGCAAAAAAUGAUGAAAUGGCAGCGAGGAACAAAUUUGGAUUGGAGUUAUCUGAACCAUUGGUAUCAUUUGCCCUUUGCUGUGGAAGCUGGUCCUCCCCUGCUGUGAGAGUGUACACUGCAGCUCAGGUUGAGAACGAACUGGAAGAGGCAAAAAGAGAGUACUUACAGGCUGCAAUUGGAAUUACAACGAAGAAGUUUGCAAUCCCUAAGUUAUUAGAUUGGUAUUUACUUGACUUUGCCAAGGACUUGGAGUCAUUGCUUGAUUGGAUCUGCCUUCAGUUACCCAGUGAACUAGGGAAAGAAGCUAUUAAUUGCCUUGAGAGAGGUAAAAAUGAGCCUGAUUCCCAUUUUGUCCAAGUUAUGCCAUAUGAGUUCAGUUUUAGCUUUCCUGAUCAGUUAGCAGAACAAUCAAUGUUUCGUGCAACAAUUGAAGUGCCUGAUCACCACAAGCUUAUUUAUGAAUUUGGAUCGUAG